CUGGAGAGACACCAGAGCGAGGGGAUGAGGAUUAGGGGUGGCCGCAGCUGGCACGGGGAGAGCAGCUGCGGGGGCGGAGGGAGGGACGUUGCAGAGGGCCUGUCCCCGGGCCGUGCGCCCUGGCCGGGCGGGCUUCGCUGCGGCCGGCCGCUUCCUGCCGGAGGACUGCGAAGACCCCGGAGGGCGUGGGCGCGGGGAUGAAUGAGUGUCGUGGCAGGGGCGCCUCCCCACCUCUUGCCCGAGCCCGCUGCGCCGCCGGGCCGACGGAAGGACGCGAGCCCGGCGCGCGAGAGCCUGGGUUGGACUUGCAAUGAUUCUGGCCUGAGUUCCAGGAUGAUUUGUUCUUGGGACCAGACGUGACCAGAAGUUGACCUCAUGAGCACUUCGACCUCUCCAGCCGCCAUGCUUCUCCGGAGGCUGAGACGGCUCUCCUGGGGCAGCACUGCCGUCCAGCUCUUCAUCCUAACGGUGGUGACGUUUGGUCUGCUGGCCCCCUUGGCCUGUCACCGGCUUCUGCACUCUUACUUCUAUCUGCGCCACUGGCAUCUGAACCAAAUGAGCCAAGAGUUUCUGCAGCAAAGCUUGAAAGAGGGUGAGGCUGCGCUCCACUACUUUGAGGAGCUGCCCUCUGCCAAUGGCUCAGUGCCCAUUGUCUGGCAGGCCACACCCCGGCCCUGGCUGGUGAUCACCAUCAUCACUGUGGACAGGCAACCUGGCUUCCACUAUGUCCUGCAGGUGGUGUCCCAGUUCCACCGGCUUCUUCAGCAGUGUGGCCCCCAGUGCGAGGGGCACCAACUCUUCCUGUGCAACGUGGAGCGGAGUGUGAGCCAUUUCGAUGCCAAGCUGCUCUCCAAGUAUGUCCCCGUGGCCAACCGCUACGAGGGCACUGAGGAUGAUUACGGCGAUGACCCUUCGACCAACUCAUUUGAGAAAGAGAAGCAGGACUAUGUCUAUUGCCUGGAGUCAUCCCUGCAGACCUACAACCCAGACUAUGUCCUGAUGGUGGAAGAUGACGCUCUCCCGGAAGAGCAGAUCUUCCCAGUCUUGGAGCACCUUCUGCGGGCUCGCUUCUCUGAGCCACACCUCAGAGAUGCCCUUUAUCUGAAGCUCUAUCACCCCGAGAGGCUCCAGCACUACAUCAACCCAGAGCCCAUGCGGAUCCUGGAGUGGGUUGGUGUGGGCAUGUUGCUGGGGCCCUUACUAACCUGGAUAUAUAUGAGGUUUGCAAGCCGCCCGGGCUUUAGCUGGCCUGUCAUGCUCUUCUUCUCCCUGUACAGCAUGGGUCUGGUGGAGCUGGUGGGCCGGCACUAUUUCCUGGAACUGCGGCGGCUGAGUCCUUCCCUGUACAGUGUGGUCCCUGCCUCUGAGUGUUGCACCCCUGCCAUGCUCUUCCCUGCCCCCGCGGCCCGCCGGACCCUCACCUACCUGUCCCAGGUGUACUGCCACAAAGGCUUUGGCAAGGACAUGGCGCUGUACUCGCUGCUGAGGGCCAAGGGAGAGCGGGCCUACGUGGUAGAGCCCAACCUCGUGAAACACAUUGGGCUCUUCUCCAGCCUCCGGUACAACUUUCAUCCCAGUCUACUUUAAGGUGCCAAGAAAAGCCUUUCUGAAAUUGGCCACUUCUUGGAGAUUCAAAUCUCAAGCUCUUUGUUUAGACGUGGUUGCUUGCAGAUACUUCAUUGUUUACUGUUGCUAGGGAUAUAGGCACUGGGACAGCUGAGGAACAUCUGUGAAUCCAGAGUCUUGGCUUUGAUUGAUAACUUUCCGGCAGGAGCAGCAGUUUGCCACGGAUCCGGACCUCUCCCCCUCCACACAGCCACGCUGCCUCACGCAGUCUGACCCACCCAUCGAGGGUGCACCAGUGAGAAUUUCCAGCUGUUUUGGAGCUCUGCUUUGUGAUAGAGCUUGUGACUGCCAAAAAUUUGUGCACACUGCUAAGACUGUUUUAGGAUUUUAAGGGUAGAAUUUGGUGAAAGGUGAGAAUUGAUUCUUUUGAAUCAAUUCUUUCGAAUUGAUUCUUUCUCAUUGGGUGUGAGAAUGGAUGUGGGUUUAGAAUAUAUGCCCAGUAAGGCAGGAUCAUGUGGAUAUAUUCCAUUUGUCUCUUUGACCUGGUGUAAUAGAAACUGAUGAAAGCCGUGCAGUGCCUGGCGUCUUAGAGGCAAGGUGACCUGGCUUUUCUAUUACCUGGCAUUUUUUUUCUGUAUAUCUGUAGUACACUGAUAAUUGAUACUGUUAGUGAGAACUUGAAGACACAGCAGAAUCUGGAAGAGCCUUUUGGAUCAUCAAAAUUAGAUUGCUUAUGUUUACUAGUGAUUUAAUGUUGAAUAUUUCUAUUGUAUUCUGAUUCUUUGAAAGUUGGACAUUGCAGAACCAUAUAGAAGGGUGAGCUCUUUACUGGUAGCAUAUCCUUUUCCCUAACUUUGCUGGCUGACCAUUCACCCUCCUUUCUUUGUCUUCUAGGUAGCAUGAUGGUAUAGAAGAAAAAGCAUGGACUGAAGUCAGAAGACCUGAACCUUUAUUUCAGAUCUCUGCCAUGUCCUAAUGAUGUGACCUUGGGCGAGUCAUAUAACCAUUCUGGGUCUCAGUAAAAUGAGAACAGUAGUACCUACCUGUUAAGGUUGCCUUAGGAUUAAAUGGCAGAUGAUAUGGAAACACCUAGCAAGUGCUUGACCCAUACAGGACAUGUGGCAAAUGUUUUUUUCUCUCUUAUUUAAUAAGUAUAUACAACUCCAGUGUAUUUGGGGUCAAGAUAUUAGUGAUGUUGUUUGAAGCGUGAGAUAGGGCAUAGGGCUGCCACCUGCGUAACAGGUGUUCCAGACCAAACGCUGCUAACAUAAAGGCUGACUUUUCAUUGUGACUUUGGAAGGAUGUGCAGCUCAGCUUUCAUCCAGCCCUACCUCCAACUGAGCCAACAAUACGAAUUGUUUGUUCAAACUGGAAAUGAUCUGAGACUCCUCCUGAGUUUUUCCAAAACUGGCAUCUGAAAAUUACUUUUCUCAAAAGUUACAAAUAGGCCGGGCUCGGUGGCUCACGCCUGGAA